UGGUUUUAGAUCAGUGGCAAAGAUACUGAUUUUUUUUUAAAGCUUUGUAGUAAGGCUAGUUGCCCAUUUCCUAGUAAUUGCGAUCGCGAGUUAGGGCAUUCAAAGCUGAUUAAGAUAGUUUCGAAAAACCCAACGAACUUUGGCUCACAAAAAGCAGCCUUUCAGCCAGAACGAGCUGGAGGUAUGCUUUCUCGAUGUCAGCAUCGCAGUGGUCAUGUUGCUGUGUGUAUUGAAGAGGAUCUUCUGGUCUGGGGUGGCUACCAGCGCCCCCUGUGUUUGCCAUGCAAGUCGACCAAUAUCAGAGGAUGAUGGGAUCCUGGAAGUCGAGGUCCUUGAUGGGUGGUGGACUAUCGAGCAACACACCUCUUUGGCCUGGACUUUUCCUAGACAGGAGCCUACAACUGCGUACCAUCCUGAUAGAUACCUUGAUACACAUGAAUUGUGGAUUUUUGACUCUACUAAGGAUGUUUGGAAAUGCAGAAGAUGUGAAGGAACAUGUCCACCAGGUACGUCGGGUGCCUGUGGAAUUCUUCUCAAGCCAUACUGGUACAUUAUUGGUGGACAUACAGACUUUGGAAAUGUCAGUGAUGUCUACCGUUUGCACCUUCAUACCUUCACAUGGGAACAAGUUGACAUGGAUGGGCCUGGGAUGAGUCCUAGGGAUAAGUUUACAGCCUGGGUCUACAAAGAGCAAAUAUAUUGCUUCGGAGGAUUUGGAAGAAAUGCUGCCAGAGACGAAAAUCUUUUUUCUGACCAUGGUACUUUUGUGGAAGAUAUAAAUGAAAGUACUGUUUUUAAUCGUUGUUGGAAUAAUCAGCUGCUUGUCUUGGACGUCCAGGCGAGGCGGUGGAUGAAUCCUUUAUGUAAGGGCCCUGUACCUGUGCCUCGAGCAGCACACUCAGCUGUAUUGGUGCACAACACAGUCUAUAUCUUUGGGGGGCGACACCUGAACCAGCGCAUGAAUGAUCUCCAUAGGCUUGACCUUGAUACGUUGACAUGGAGUGGCCAGCUUACAACAGGAGGCUCUCAGCCAAUUGGACGCUCUUGGCACACGAUGGCCUUUGUCUGUAACAACAGUCUUCUACUAUAUGGAGGUUUUUCACAGGAUGAGAGAGCAUUAGAUGAUGUCUGGCUGCUCUCAUUAGUCACUUUACAGUGGACUCUCGUGAGUCCGACUAAUGGCUACCCACUUCUCUGGCACACAGCCAGCACUACACAGUCAGGGAGUGUUCUUGUCUUUGGGGGAUGUUCCAACAACAUCCUCAACAUUGAGUAUGAAUUGAAAUUCUCUGAUCAAGUGAUCAAGUUUCAGAUGGAACCCAAAGGACUUAUGAGCUUGUGCAUGGAAGUGCUGGUCAGACACCACAGAGAGACCAACAAAGAAUGGUCCUGUUUACCCAAGCAAAUUCAAAGAUGGCUGACAGAAAAACACAGACUUUAUGAACAAUGGGAAAAACUCGAUGAUGAGCUGAAGAAAAAGAUAGGUCUCGUUGCUGUCAGUGGAUUUCGUGUACUUGAAAAUUAGACGUGGAAGCUUUAAAAAAAAUUCUCCUCUAGCAUUAAAGCCUAUGAUACUAUGUGAAAAAAAAUUCUCCUCUAGCAUUAAAGCCUAUUAUACUAUGUGAUAUGAAGUGCAGUAAAUGAUGAAAUAGAAAACGAUGUAAGCUUGUUUACUGUUAAAGAGUCUUUCAAUCUGCUGCUGUAUGGUAAUUAUGGUGCCUUAUGGUAACAGGUGCUAAAAACUAUGAGAAGAUUUUAAUAGUUAUUUACUUUCCACUUAUUUAUUAUUUAUUUUGUCUCAAGUGUGCAUGAAGUUGAGGCAGUGCUUUUUGGUUACAUUUGUACUCCUAUUCGAUCAUGAAUGGGCACUCUGUUGUCAUUGUUAUUAAUUUUAGGCUGUUUUAGCUGAGAUCUUUUCUAUAUAAGGCAUAAGCAUUCAUUUAUUACUGUGACUAUAGGAAGCAUUGAUAACAAAAUUUCUCCAGGGAAAAAGAUUUAUGAAGAGAGCAUACUGUCAUUUGAACUGCAGUUAUUUCAUAGGCUCAAGCUAUUUUCUUUAUUUGCUGUUGUGGGUUCUAUUUACUGAUCUUUUUGUGAAAAGUAAAGACCUUGAAUAAAUAAAAAUUAUUUUGUCACUGAAGUUGUUCCUCAUUAAAUAGUAACAAAUAAGAGUGAUGGGAGGGCCAUUGGUAAUGGAAAAUUGAUAUGCUUAAGGGAGGGAGGGAUGGCUGGUUGGUAGAUUGUGUUUUACGCUGUGCUUGAGAACAUUAUGUAGAUACAAGGCGAACUUUCAUGAUGUCACUACAUUCUGUUCACAUGUCUAGAGAGGUUUUUAAAUUUAUUAUUUUAAAAAUUAAAAAUGUUAUUACAAAGAA